CCACUUUCAGUCCCUUCCAGACCGCAGACUGGCUACUGAUCGAGUAUAAAUGACGCUCCGCGAUAGUAAAUCGCGCAAGUUCUCACAUUGCUCGAACAUGACACGUCGUGGCUGUCGUCCUCUUAUUCAGAUAUGCGCCUGUCUGGCGUUCAUUACGAUCGCAAUUGGUCAAGAGAACUGCGAUCCAACAAAAUGUCCGGGUCCAUUGGCAUAUUACGAGAAUCUCAAUUGUAUCCCGGUGUACAAAAAUGUGGGUGAUUGCUGCGCCACAAAGUACACCUGUGAUCAUCUGAAAAAGAGGUCACCUCACAAAUGUUACGUCAACGGUAACUCGUACGAGGUCGGAGAAGAUCUGAAGGAUGAAGAUGCAGAUCCUUGUGACGUUGGUUGUACCUGCAUCAGAAAACGUAACGGAAUCGCCUCGUUCAGAUGCGCAGAAGUCGAUUGUCCCACCUUUGAACCAGCGAGAGCAGGCUGCUAUAGAAAGAAUUCUCCAUUAUGGUGCUGUCCUGGAGAAGAAGUUUGUCCUGAAAAUCCUGAAGAUAGAGCUAUCUGUAAUGUUGACGGAAUGGAAUAUAGAGAUGGAGAAUAUUUUACUGUUGAAAGUGAACCGGAUUUAACCUGUGUAUGCCAACCGGGUUACGAAGGAAACAACGUCGAACCUUUCUGUGCAAAGCCCAAACGUGCAACCUGCUCUGCCGAAUUCAAACAUGCAUCCUACAUUUUUAAUAAUUGUGCUCCAAUUUAUGAAUCAAGACAAUCGCCACAAACUGAUUGCAAUUUUUCUUCUAGAUGUCAAAACGCUAACGAUACUGUUAUUCACAACGAGCAGGACAAUUCGAAGUCUGCCGAGAAAAAUUCCAAUGACGAGGACGUUUGUUAUUUUGGCAAUAUGACUAUGCAUCGCGGUGAAGAGUUGAGCCAAGGUACAGAUUAUAGUUCUGCAUGCGUUAAAUGCAUUUGCGAAGUGCCUCCGGUGCCCACUUGCCAGCGUUUACCGAAUGAAAAAUGCAAUGUCACAAAGCAUAUGAUCCCUUUACCGUCGGGUAGUAUAAUGUGUGCAAGCAAAAUAUGCACAUAGUUCGUAAAUAUAAGAACUUUUUUUACUCGUAUAUAUUUGAUACAAUUGGCAUUUCUUCUGUUGAUUAGAAUAAAAGUAUGUUUUUAUAUAUUGCGCGUUAAAAAAUGUCGAUUAAAAAUUAAACUGUCCUAUGCAAAUUAUGAUUAUAGAUAAUAUAAAAGAGUUAAAAUCAUUUAAUCAUUAAAUAGAACCAAAAAGGCAACUUUUUGUAAAGUAAAUCUUACUUCUUGAUCAGUAAUAAAUUAAUAAAAUUUUUUAAAAGC